AGGCAAAAUGUUGAUUCAUCUGACCACAAAACACGACGAAAAUGUCGAGCUGUCCAGUCUUUAUGUACGAGACACCAGGCAAGUCGCCUCUCAGCAUUAACAGCGGAAAUGAGUGGCUUGGGACGUGAUUUGGGCAAGGUUUAG